CACCUAAAGUUUGCCAUUCGGUAUGGGUAAAGGCCUGAAGGCCUUUAUUAAUGCAAAAGGUCUAUUAACUCUAUUUCCAAAUGUUCUAACUCCAAAAAAAGUGACUUCUGAGAACGUCUUAGCGCAAUGCAUGACGGGUCACACAAAACACAAGAUGGCUUCCCACAGACAAGCAAAUUCGUCGAUAGACCAAAAGAAACAAGAAUUGCUUCGUCGCGUUGAGGCUAAGAAGGCUGGGAAUUUCUCUAAUUUAUCUAAAAAUGCUUCUUCGAACACUACAGUUGUGAAAAACACGAACAAUUCACCUAAUCCUAACGUUAAUACUACUUUAUUUAACAACGAUGGAAAUUUUCUUGCUCGCUUUCAAGCAAUGCAACAACAGUCGAGUAGUGCUUCGGAACCGAGCAGUUGCGUUCAAACUGGAUCAGGUGAAGAUAAUUCAAAAAAAAGGAAAAUGACUGUAUCUAUGAAAGUUGUUAAAGCACCCGUAAUAUCAGCAAAAACGACGAUGAAAUCAAAAGCCAAGCUAUCGCGUUUUGACGUGUUUGAAACUCCCGAGGAAGAAACUGUCUUUCCACCAGAAAAUGCUGCUGAAAUAGACAAAUUGGUUUCAAUUGUUGUCAAGAAUCCUGCAGUUGAAGAAAAUCUUAAGAAACUUCCAAAAUACAAAUUUCUAUCAGAGCCUGACAGUAAAGAACACAAAUACUAUCAAACAAAACUAAAAGAAAAGCAAGUAGAACAGUCUGAGUCUUCCUCAUCAGAGACCUCUUCCACAGCAACAUCCUCCACACAACAAGAAUCUGCCCCAUUGAAUUUUGAUUUUGCUGCAACAUUAGCCCAAGUAAGAGCAAAGGCAGCAGCGUCACUUGGAGGGACAUCAUCAUCAGUACCCAAAUUGACAAGCCAAGAAAUAAGAGAGAAAGAAAAACAGAUCCAAGAACAAAAAGAGCUUCAGGCAAUGUAUGAGAAAAUACUUGCAGCAAAGAAAAGUAUGGAGGCAAAGGAGGCAAGGAAAAGGAAAUCAAAAAAUUCUGGUAAGCCACAAUAUGAGUAUGAUUCUGAUGAAGAUGUUGAAGGAGGAACAUGGGAACAUAAGAAAAGGAAGAGUGAAAUGGAAAAGACAAUUGAAUGGGCUUCAGAUUUGACAAAGAAAGGUACUGGGAAACAUUUUAUUGGAGAUUUUUUACCCAAAGAAGAACUAGAUAAGUUUCUUGGUAAAGUCAAAGCUGUGAAAGAAGGCGGUGAAUUUGUAUAUGAAGAUUACGCAGAGCAUAAACUCACUGAAGAAAAUAUUGGUUACAAGAUGUUACAGAAAGCUGGUUGGGAAGAAGGAAAAGGAUUAGGAAGCGAAGGAGAAGGGAUAAAAGCACCUAUUAACAAGGGCAAGACAUCUUUUGAUGCAUCUGGUCUUGGGGCAGAGAAACCCGAUGAUAUAGGAAAUGACGACAGCGAAUUUGAUGUGUAUCGAAAACGAAUGAUGCUGGCAUAUAAGUUCAGACCCAACCCAUUGAACAAUCCUCGACGACCUUACUAUUGACUUGUCUGUAAAGCUGGGUAGAAAAGAAUGUAAGGGCUACGAGAUGGGCAAUUGUGUUUUGUGUAUGCAUGCAUAUAUUUGCUGUGAUAUAAUACCAUUUAUAUUCUCUAUUAAAUGAUAGAAAACCUUGUCGUGAAAUUAACCAAUUUUGCUGCAAUUGCAUGUGCAAAGUGUACAUAUGCAAUCUGGUUUGGGAUGCCCUUCGAUUUCUUAGUAAUAACCCACAUUACUGGAUGCCUACUGUAAAUAUCUCAGCCACAACAAAUUGCGAGUUACAACGUGAUGUUGUGACAGUUUGUGUUGUGUAGGCUCUCGCCUCUCUGUGCCUUUUAAGGGUGUUAAUCUGUCAUGGAUGUUUUAAGUAUACACAAACAAGAUAGAAAAAUCAAACAUGCUGUGUCUUUUCAUAUGAAAAAAUUGAUUGGUGCACAGAAAGAUAUUUUCUCCUUCAAUUCAUAUUAAUUAUAAGUAUUUUAUAAAUAUACAAGAGGGUGAUGCUUUAUUUAGUGUCCAGUAAGAAACAAAAAUUAUAGCAUU